AUGUCCGAUAGACCCUCACACCGAGGAGGCCGCGGCCAAGGAUCGCAUCCCCGCGGUGGACGCGGAGGCGGUCGUGGAGGAGGCGCAGGAGGCGCGCAGCAGGAACGCGAGAGGCCCAAGAAGGAGAAUAUCCUCGACCUGGGCAAGUAUAUGGACAAGCAGAUUACCGUCAAGUUCAACGGCGGUCGUGAGGUUAAGGGAACGUUGAAGGGCUACGAUGCUCUUAUGAACUUGGUUCUCGAUGAUGUACACGAGGUUGUUCGAGACGACGAAGGCAAUGAGUCAACCCGAUCCCUUGGCCUCGUAGUUGUUCGAGGCACACUCCUCGUCCUUGUCAGCCCUGUGGACGGCAGCGAAGAGAUCGCUAAUCCUUUCGUGCAAGCCGAGGAUGACUGA